AUGCAGAAGGCCGGGCGGCACGGCAGCUAUGCGACACAGUUCUGGACACGCCCGACACNCCCGCCGCACCGUAGUCGCCGCGAGAUGUUGGCGGCGCACUCAACGAAGGCGGUACAGCGGCGUCUUGUGCUGCCGCUCGACGCGCACGACUGGGGCCGCGCCCUAGAGGUGCUAGGAGCCCGCUACGCAAAACUCGGCCGCACAGCGGCGGACUACCAGCGGGUUAUUCGCGGCCUUGCAACCGAGACGGCGCCGCAGCGACGCCGCGACGCGGUGCGUGUGCUUGACGCGCUGCGCGACAAGGCGUACGAGGGCAACAUCGCGUCGAGUGGGCUGUGGGUGACGCUGGUGUGGGCGUACGCUCAGCUGCGGUCCCCGCAGGAGGGCUACGAGUGUCUGCUACAGGCGGAGCGACGCCACCGUUUCUCGUUGCUCACGAGGCACCACAUGGGCGAGUCGCUGCUGCCGCUGCUGGCGGAGUGCGGCAUGCUCGCCGAGACAAAGUACGUUGUGGCAAACUUCAUGAACGCCGGUGGGAGCCGUCAUGAGCAGGAGUGGGUAGCACGUAUCGUCGCAGAAGCAGCCGCGCGGAGCGGGUCGUGGGAGAUCGCCGCCGCUUCCUUCCAGGAGGAUGUGACAGCACAGAAGACCGCAGUGAUACCGCGGUCGUUGGCCUCCUUGUUCGUGUCAAAGGCAGUUGGCGGUGCAGGUUCAGCACCGCACGCGCAGAAGCAGUUGCCACGGCUUUCAACAGGAGCGCUGCGAUCCAUGAUGUCUUCAAUGGCAGAUGAUGGGCAGUGGAUGAUGGCCCUGCAAUGCCUGGAGGAACUGCAACAGCGCCGUAGCGAGGAUGUUUUUGCGUCCAGCGCUGCCGUUGCCAUUUCUUCGGAAGCGAUGGGACGGCGUCAGGAGCCAUCGCUCUCGGAGAGUGAGCUGCAACGGCUGCUUAACGGUUUGGGGAGUCAGCAACGGUGGAAGGAGGCAGUGGCACUCUUCGAGUCGUACUAUUACCCAGAGGCGCCGUCAUCAUCAUUGUCAUCGCAGGGGAAGGUGCAGUCGAUGCAAGCGACGACGCUCAACCUGCUCUUCGCCUCCUUUCCACGCGAAAGUAAGAAGUUUCGUCUUGUCGCGCCAGAUGCGGAUCACGACUCCCAGGCACUCAGCUCCGCAGUGGAGCAGCAGCAGCAAGAGGAGGGAUCCCCGCUGCAGCUGCAGCUCGACAUGUUGCACCACCCUCAACAGGCUGUGGCCGUUUUCGACAGACUGUUGAACGAGCGUGAUGAUAUUGUCAUCACCGACUACAUGGUGGCGGCGGUUGGACCCGCGCUCGUGCAGCUGGGCCACUGGGACCGUGCACUGCAUUUACUACGACAUGCACCUGCAUUAUCAAUCGCCAAUUCGUCGGCGUGCACGAUGGAGGCGCAGCGCGAUGUGCGGAAGCGGCUCAUGUCACUUCUUUACUACCUGCACAGUACCAUUUCGUUGGAGGCGCAGUACUACACACUGUAUCACUUCCCACUGGCCUUACCAAAAGAGGCUUACCGAGACUUGCCACCGCCCUCUCAGCUCGCGGUGCACCUUCAACAACAGAAAGAGAAUCAACAACAACAGCAGAAGCGGCAGCGGCAGAAGAGUGUGGCGAGGCCGACGACAUCAUUCGCAUCAGUGGAUGCCUCUGUCUCUCGUCGCUUUAUGUCUCGGCGUCGCUCCUCCAUUGUGUUAAACACAGAGAGACAGGAUGCAGAGCUCAAGCGCAGACUGAAGGAGCUGUACGCCAAACGCUCUGUUGCCUUCCGCGACGACGCAGACCCCGACAGGGACCCGCGGCCGCCGCCGAAGGGGCUGCACGAUACCGCUAACGGCUGGAACUUCUACGGUCGCGGCGGGGAGAUGGCGUUCAUGAACCACAGGCGCACUGCUCACCCCUUCUCACUGCAUCCCAAAGUGAUGCGCUCGCUGGCGGACCCGUACCGUGGCUGGAGCCUGCGGCAGAACAGCUGCUGGGCACACCGCGAGCGCGUGCGUAAGUGGAACGGGCACAGCGCGGUCUGA